AUGUCCUGGAUGGCGCCCCCAGACCCUGUGCCCACGCGCAUACAGAAGCAAAUGGUCUCACAGAUAACCUUCGAGACUGGAGAUGCAACGGCAGAGCAGCCCCUUCCCGGUCGCAGAAUGAAGCCGGGUGCAAACACUUCUUCAUCGAUAGUCUUUAUGUCCGAUAAUGACAUGAAGGAUUACGCAGCUCAGAGGUCUGCUGAGCAUGCAGAGCUUGCUACAAGGCACAACAGCGAGCAUAAGCGCAAGGAUGAGGGCGUACUCAUAAGCCCAGGGGGCGACCUUGAUGCCAAUGGUGAGUUGAUCCGCAAGUUGCCGCCUCCCAGUGUCCACGUGAGCACACAGAGACCUAAGGACCAGUUUCACGUCAGAGCAGAUCCUGCUUUGGAAGAGGCUAGUUUACACACGUCCAUCGGUAUCAACAAGAAGGGUCAAGAGUCGCAUGUCAUUCCCUCUGACUCCUCAGCCACCUAUGACGAAUUCAGACAGCGGGCGAUUGAACAGGCAAGUAUGGAUAGACCAGGCAAGUCGUCUGAUGCUCUAUCAAACCCCAACUAUGGAUAUGACAUGAACUAUGGGUUCAAUCAGGCCGGCUUCAAACCAACUAGCAAUUCUCCCCCUGAAGUAGAGAAGAACCCAAGAGAAAUCGCGCGCAAGGCACACGAAGCCAACUACAGAACAGACGCAUCUAACUUCUAUUAG